UGUUUUUUAAAUACCAAAGUAAAGUAUGCUUAUAGUAUUUUUUAAAAAAUUGCUCACUAUUGCCUACUAAUGGUAAGGGUCAGAAUUUUUAGGAAGCAGGAUAGGUGUCUAAGUUCAGUGUAUUAAACUUAGGUAAACUAGAUUUAUGUUUACAUUACUGAAGAUAUUUUAAAAACUUGUUUUGUAGGCCAGCCAUAUCCUGAUCCAGUUGUUCCUCUCCAAAGGCAAGAUAGAUUUUAUUCUAAUUCUGGCAGACUGUCCGGACCAGCAGAGCUUCAGAGCUUUAAUAUGCCUUCUUUGGACAAAGUGGAUGGUCCAGUGUCUUCAGAAAUGGAAUCCGGUAGAAAUGAUACCAGAGAUGAUCUUGGUAAUUCAAAUGUGCCUGACUCUACUCUCCCUGCUGAAAGUGAAGCAGCUGGCUCUGGCUUCGUUCCUCCACCACCUCCUCCUGUCAGAGGCCCAUUGUUUCCCAUGGAUCCGAGGAGCCAUUUUAUAAGAAGGGGGCCUCCUUUUCCUCCACCUCCUCUAGCAAGCAUGUAUGGAGCCCCUCGAGAUUAUUUUCUGCCAAGGGAUUUCCCUGGCCCACCACAUCCUUCAUUCCCAAUGAGAACAGUCUACUCACCGACUGCUGUUCCUCAAUAUCCUCCCCCAAGAGCUGGAUACUUCCCCCCACCCCUACACUCUGAAAGUAGAAGUGAGUUCCCUUCAGGGUUGAUUCCUCCUUCAAAAGAAACUGCUGUUGAACCUUCAGAACCACAAGAAGUCUGAUGAUAUUUUUGAGCAUUCUGCAAAAGUAAUUUUGAGUUAUCUCUCAUUUUCAGUU